AUGGAGCCAGGGAGGGGCCGUGAGUCAUCGCUAAGAAACUGCAGGCAUAAAGGUCAGAAGGGUGUGCACCUUAGAAUUCCUGGGGCGGGCAGGUCCCCGCUGCUGCUGCUCCUCCUCCUCCGCCCCAGGGCACCUCGGGGGCCCUCCUGGCCCUCGGGACACAUCUGCGCUGGCCACCAUGGACUUCAGCUUGGCGGCAGCCCUGGAUUCCAAAUCCAAGAAGCCGGAGGGGGCAUGCAAGCUGGGAGACCCCAAGCACGGUCCCCCUAAAGCUCAUGGCGAGCCAGGGGCAGCCCAGAAGCCGCGGCCCUGCCACGGCAGCUCCUCAGAUUCCAGUAGCAGCAGCAGCAGCUCCAGCGACUCGGACUCCGAGGGGAAGCCCCACGCUGCCGGCUCCCAGCAGCACAAAGGCACCGCGGACAAACUCAAGAAGCCCAAGAUGAAGAAGGACAAGAAAGGGAAGGACAAAAAGAAGGGCAAGAAGGAAGCUGCCCACUGACUGGGCGGGGCUCAUUAAACCUCGCUGCCCCCUGCCGGCCGCCCCGCCGACCGCGCCAAGGAGCCCGAGUCUCAAGCGAG